AUGCCCUCCUUCACCACCCCCCCACCAACCCUCCAGCACGCCCUCCUCUCCUUCCCAGCACCCCAUGUCCUCCUGGUAACGCUCAACCGACCGCGCUCUUUAAACUGCAUCAACACACAGGGCCACAUUGAGCUACACGCCGUCUGGGAAUGGAUGGACGCCGAGCCCGCCAUGCGCGUGGGCAUCCUCACGGGGAAGGGGCGGGCUUUUUGUGCGGGGGCUGAUUUAAAAGAAUGGAACGACAGCGCCUCCAACACUACCACCAACAACGACAGAAACAGCACCCGACCAAACACCGGCUUCGGCGGCCUCUCCCGCCGCAAGGGCCGCAAACCGGUAAUCUGCGCCGUCAACGGGCUCUGUUUCGGCGGCGGCACAGAAAUGAUCGUUAACAGCGACCUGGUGAUCGCAUCCUCGAAUGCGGUCUUCGGACUCCCGGAAGUAAAGCGCGGAGUUGUCGCGCUGGCGGGGGCAUUGACGCGGCUUGUGCGGACGGUUGGCAAGCAACGCGCGAUGGAGAUGGCGCUUACGGGGCGCAAUGUGUUGCCGAGCGAGGCGGAGAGGUGGGGGCUUGUUAAUGAGGUUGUUGAUACGACUAGCCUUGGGAAAGAUGAGGAUGCGGUGAGGGAGAAGGUGGUUGCCAGGGCUGUGGAGGUUGCGACGCUCAUUGCGGAGAAUAGUCCCGAUGCUGUACUUGUUAGUCGGGAGGGUGUGAAGUUGGGCUGGGAGGGGAUUGGGGCUGAGGAGGCUACGAGUAUGUUGGCGGAUACUUGGGUGAAGAGGUUGUAUGAGGGGGAGAAUUUGAAGGAGGGAUUGAGGGCGUUUGUGGAGAAGAGGAAGCCUGUUUGGGGGGAUAGUAAGUUGUAA